GCUCGUCCUCCUCUUCACUGCUCAGCUCGUGCUCUUCUCGUGCUUCAUGAUCACCUUCUUCUCGAUGGAGACGCGGCGGCAGGAGGAGCAGCGUGAGAUGCAGAAGGAACUGCACCGGCUGCGGACGGACAACCUCGCAAAGGAGCGCAAGCUCAUCAAGCUCGCCGAGCGGGCGGAGAGCUGGCGAUUUGACCGCGGCGGCGAGAGCGAGGAUGACGCGGGUGGCGAGUUCAACGAGGAUGAGUGGAGCGAGGAGAGCGACGAGCACCCUCCCGGCGAGGACGGUACCCCGUACGGGGCCGAGGCGCUGGCCCCGGAGGAGGAGGCGCUCCCUGCCGAGAAGCGGGCCGGCUGCGCGCGCCUCAAGGAGGGCUGGUGGGUGUACGAGGUCUGCCUCGGGCAGCACGUGAGGCAGUUCCACGCGGCGGACGCGAAGGCCGCCUUUGCGGAGAACAUGCUCGGGAUGGCGCCGCACGCUUGCGGCGCCGAGGAGGCAGGCUGCCACUGCAUGCGGCUGCGCGAGGACGAUGCCGCUCUGAGCUGCCACAAGGCGGAGGAGGAGUACGUGCGGGGGGAUGCGUGCCCGGACCGCGAGAGCACGCGGAGCGUGACGGUCAAGCUCGUCUGCCGCGAGGGCGAGGAGGCUGCCGACUCCGUCCUCGCAGAGGGAGCCCUCGCUCUCGUGUCUGUCCACGAGCCAGAGACGUGCCGGUACGAGGCCACCGUCGAGGCGCCCGCCGGCUUUGGAGGAGAAGAGGCAGGCUGUGGUGGAGGCGCGGCGAGGCUGGGGGAGGGGGGCAAGGACUGGGUCGGUCUCGGUCUCACCAUCCUCGACUCGCUCGACGUGCUCUGGAUGGCAAACCUGACCAAAGAGUUUGCGCACGGGGUGGAGUGGACCAUCCCCAACUGGACGGGCGGCUCCCUGCUGCUCGCCGAGGUUGGCACGGUGCAGAUGGAGUUCUUCGCGCUCGCGCACCACGCGGGCAGGCCCGAGUUCCGCGAGCGGGCGCAGCGCGCGAUCGACCUGCUCGACAGCCAGGGCGGCGGCCUGACCGACGGCGGCCGGCUGUGGCCGAUCCACAUCCGGCCCGAGUCUGGCCGCCCGUCUGGCUCGACGAUCUCUUGGGGCGCGAUGGGCGACUCGUUCUACGAGUACCUUCUCAAGACGUGGCUGCUCACGGGGAAGAAGCACGAGCAGUACAAGCGCAUGUACCUCGAGGCGGUCAAGGGGAUGCAGCGGCGGCUCAUCAUCGAGGAGGGCGGGCUCACCUACCUCUGCGAGGAGAAGAGCGGCAAGCUGGUGCGCAAGAUGGACCACCUCGUCUGCUUCGUGCCCGGCACGCUCGCGCUCGGCGCGCAGCACCUGCCCGAGCAGCACGACGAGCACAUGGCGCUGGCGGCCAAGCUGGCCGAGACGUGCCACCGCAUGUACACCCUCACGCCGACCGGCCUCGCGCCCGAGUUCGUCAAGAUUGUGGGCGGCAGCAUGGUGGCCGGCGCCAACCACAACUUGCUGCGCCCGGAGACGAUCGAGGCCUUCUUCUACCUCUGGCGGUUCACAAAGGACGCGAGGUACCGCGAGUGGGGCUGGGAGAUCUUCUCCGCCUUCGAGCGGCACUGCCGCGUGCCGAGCGGCGGCUACUCGGGGCUCAAGAACGUCAAGCUGAGGGGCUCGGCCAAGGACGACACCAUGCAAACCUUUUGGCUCGCCGAGUCGCUAAAGUACUUUUUGCUGCUGUUCUCGGACGACUCGCUGCUCGACCUCAACACGCACGUCAUCAACACCGAGGCGCACCCUAUCAAGAUCUUGCCCUCAUGAGACGUAGCGCGCGAGGCGCCGGGGUGGUGUAUGUACUUCCACGCACAGUGAUCAGCGUCGCUGCGGGGCGGCAUGUGUGUGCGCGUCUCUCGAGAGGGGGAGGUUCGAGUCCCAGAGGCUCGAUGCUGUCGGCGGUUUUCCCGUAUCGUCUGUGAGUACGCUCUACGCGCGCGGCGGCGCUAGCUGACGCUGAGCAGUAUCCUACAGCACGUAGCUGUCAAGAACAAGAGAUAGUC